AUGGAUAAUUUAUUUAGUGACGACGAGUCGCCCGAGGCGGGCGGCGAGGACGCCGGCUACUUGGAGUCGCUGACCGACCUCAAGCUUGAGCUGCCGGCUGUGAAAACUGACGACCCAAACCAGGAUGAAGACGGUAUCGACAUCUGCAGCUCCGAGGCUCUCUUGGAGCUCGCGGAAUCCAACCCCUCGCUGCUCAUCCCCAGCGUUCUGCCGGAACCGAAGGAGAUCCGGGCCGAGGAAAGCAGCGUGAUGGAGUUUUUCAACACGCCCGGCACUCACUUCAUGCACAUUCAAAUGCCGAAUGCGAUGCCACACCUCGACAAGGAGCGUACCCUGCAGGAGGACCCCGCCGCGCGUACGGACGGCAGCUCCGCGGAGAGCUCACCGUGCUCCACGCCUCCCGAAGAGCCCGAUGAGCCGCAAAUCUACCAGACGUCGCGUGUAGAUUGCCUGCCGUCAGGGCGGCUCGGGAGGCUGCGCAUCCACCGCAGCGGCAAAAUUCAGCUCCACGUCGGCGGUCACGUGUUCAACUUCACGCAAGGCAGCCGCGUGAGCUGCAAGCAACAGGUCGGGUGCCUGCUUGAGGAGAACGACGAAUUUCUGUUCCUCGGGAACUAUCGCAAGAAGUUCGUGGUUUCGCCGGACUUCAGCGCCAUGUGGAACAAGCAGUGA